GAUAAACCUCCUCAUCCAUGAUGGUGGUGUUACCCACGAACACGUCCAGCUCCACUGCCAUCUGCGUGGAGAAGAAGCACAAGCAAAAAGUCAGGAGCCACCGGGAAACUGAGUUCAUUCAGCCGAGGCGAGCGGAGCACAGCCUGAUGAGACGAUGCCAGCGACGUAAAAAUCACAACAUCUGCAGGGUGUGCAUCCGAGGCUGCUGGAUUAAGCCUCCGUGGAUCGACCGGGCCUUUGCACAUACUACAGCACAGAGAAGCCCACGGGGCGACUGUUGCCUUCAAAAUACUGCGAGAGGAGGUAAAUUAAGGACAGUUGCGUUCCCGGAGGCCUUUGGAGAACACAGCCUGCUGCUGAGAGGAUGACAGAUUGACAUUACUGAGGGUUUGCGGUGCAUUUUCCACACACGACCUCAUUAAGGCAUUAUCCACGGAGAACGGGCACUGGGUUCAGAAUAGAACAGGACUGAAGUGGCAGCGCCUUCAAGAAAGCCAUCUAUUCUAAGAUUUCACAUGUUUGUGCUUUGAUUUGGCCUCCGGUGCUGUAGUGAUUGCAUACAUGACAUCUGGCACUGGAUGGAGAUGAAGACGAGGAUGUGAUGACUCUGUGCUGAGCAGUGAAGUGUCUACAUCUCAGCGCUUUUAAUAGAUUCUCAGGUACCCUCUAGUUGUAGGUUUUUAAUAGAAAAUGGGCAGCGAAGGUGAGAUAAUAAAUAGAGAACUGUCAAAGAUGUCUGACGAGGAUUUGCUGGCGUGCUCCAAAGAGGAGCUGGUGAGCCGGCUGCGUAAAGAGGAGUCAGAGAAAAUCUCAGCCCUGAUCCAGAGAGGACGCCUGAUAAAAGAGGUAAAUAAACAGCUGCAGGGACACCUCCUCGAAAUCAGGGAACUGAAAGUCAUCAAUCAGCGCUUGCAGGAGGAGAACGUGGAGCUGCGGGACCUGUGCUGCUUCCUGGACGACGACCGGCUCAAAGUGAAGAAGCUGGCCAGGGAAUGGCAGCUGUUCGGGCACCACGCGGCCAAAGUGAUGCGGGAGGACCUGGGCGGGUACUUGAAAAAGCUCGCGGACCUGGAGCGCAUGCAGGACGGGCUGGUGAAAGAGAAUUUGGACCUGAAGGAGCUGUGUCUGGUCCUGGAGGAAGAGUGCGUCAGCAGGAGCGACUCCAGCCCUGGCGGGUCCACCGAGCUCAACCUGCCCUGCAUGGUGGCCCGGGACCUGGGGGACGGGAGCUCGAGCACAGGCAGCGUGGGGAGCCCGGACCAGCUUCACCUGGUGUGCUCACCUGACGACUGAUGACAAGUUUUAUGUCACCAUCCAGGGUUUCAUCUAGAGAGGGGGUUGGGGGUUGGGGGUGGGAUUGACAGAAUGGAGACACGCGAGCUUUGUCAGACAGUACAAAUCAAAUUGGUGCAAAAGCAUUAGGGCCUUCUGGAUGCUGCAAAGAUCUGUGUGCCACUAGGUUUUGACUUGACAAAGAUUCUUCACUAGAGACUCUUUCAGGACUUCACAAAGACAUUUAAUAGAUGUUUGCCAGAUGAUAAUGUAUCUAAAUUUUACAGUGUUUUUUCUAAAGACUCGUCUGUUUUUGGAAAAUCCUCUUUUUUCAGUGGUCUGUUGUUGGGAAAAAAAUGGGACCAAAAAAAGUGGGUCACAUAUAUAAAUUUAUCUCAUGCACUGGACUAGCCUACACUGGUAGAAGCCUUUUUUCUAUUGCACUGGACAGCGUUACCAUGAGUCUUUAAAUCACAGAUCUAAAGAUUCAUUUCAAUCCAGUUUUGAGCCAUAUUUAGUCCACUGAAUUCCAAUAGCACUGAAAUAUAGAGUUGUGAUAAAAAAAAAGAUGAAACUAUUUGAUAUUUGCUUUUGCUAGAUGCCCAAUAAUGUGUAAUAUUUUAUGCACUCUCUUCCUCAGGACAGGAUUGGAGUGCCAUACGUGCAUGAUGAUUGUCACAAAAUGUGUACAGGCCUGUGAAGCAGUCUGGUGUGAAGGCCCUUCAGGUUUUUACUGCGGGUGGGGCUGCUGUGCAUAAUGUAACAUGUGCUUAGAGACUGGGCAGAGCCAGCACACUUGUUAAGGUUUUGGAUCAGACGUGGUAAAAAAAAAAAAAAAAAAAAAAAAAGUCCCUGGACCUCACUCAGAGCUGAGCUGAAUAAGUUCUGUCACUUUUUAAAAAUCCAACUGGAAACUCUUUAUAUCAAACUGGAAGGUCUACAAGUUUUAAUCAUUUCUAUUCUAUUCUAUUCUACUCUAUUCUAUUCUAUUCAAACUGAGCUGUUUAAAUUCACUUGUAGGACUUUUUUGUUUUGUUUUGUUUUGUUUUUUUUUCUUUUGAAAUUACAUUGUUGUUGUUGAUGUUCAAUUAGCAUAUCACAGAGUUUGUUUAAGUUGGGCAAUGGUCAGCUUUCUCUUCUGUAACUCACGCUUUGUAUUUACCCUGUAACAAUAGGGAUCUUAACUUUCUUAACUCUGACCCUUCUUUAUCUUGGUUUAUCUGUAUUAACUAGCAUUACUAACCGAUUUCAGUUUAAAUCAUAGAUAAUGCACAUGGAUUAGAAAAGAUUUAUUUUGUCGUUUAGCUGUUUAUUGGUGGGCUAUGCUCGUAGUGCAUUGAAGAGCUUUAAAUACAGUGGGUAUGACACUUUG